AUGACAUGGCUACCAUCAGACGGAAAGCGUGCGAAAGAAGCCAACGCUGCUUGUGCUUCGCGCAAUCUGACAUACGCGCCUGCGCCCGAUCAGGUCGGCCUUGCCAUUGAACGUGGCGAAAGCUACAUCAGUUCGCUCAAGCGCAAGGUCGACCAUUUGCAGACUUUGCAAGCCAACAAAGAAGCACGUCUGGACGGCCACAGUCUUCAUCAUCAAGUGAACACAGAACGGCUCACGUCGGACGACGACAACAAUGAAACUGCGGCCACCAGUCAAGCCGAUCCAAUGGAGACCCAGCACUCACGCGAAACUUUGAACGAAAUAGGGAGCCUUGUCUUGACUGCCAUGGCCGAGCCCGGAGACCAUGACAUUAUUUCUGCCUUGUCGACCACGGCCUUUCUGCGUGCCGAAACCGCAGGACCUUCGAGGGGGGUCGGGGAUCCCAUCACAGAGUUUCUGAAUCAGUCACAAUCCGAUAUUGUCUUCCCGCAUGAUGCCACAGCACAGUUUCUUGCGAAAUUUCGUUCCGACUUCGAUGCACGCUACGGCAUUGACUACGACGAAUUGCCAGACGAUCACAAGUUGGUCGUGUUGCGCCACAACGACCGUGAAGCAAUCGAAGGUGAGAUGGCUUUUUCAUUCGCCUUUGUGUAUCUUGCUGUUGCCAUCGGUAUACUAGUGACACCGGAGACUCGUCACCGGCAAGGUCUUGCGACCAAGCUGCAUCACGUUGCCAUCAUGUUGAUCACCAAAAAUGAUCUAGAUCAAUCUCCACUCACGGGACUGCGCUGUCUUCUUGCGCUCACGAUAUAUGCGCUCUAUGGCGACAAUGGAGGAUGUCCAUGGCGCUUGGCGAACAUGGCAGCUCAGCAAGCGGUACUCCUGGGCGUACACCGCGGAUCGACGGCGGAAGGAGUUCCUGCUGUCACCGCUGCCAGCCGCAAACUGUUCAUCUCUUUAUACUUGCUCGAGAGAAGUGUUACUUCUUCCAUGCACCGUCCGUUUGCCUUACAAGAUGAAGACAUCUCGUCAGCGUUCUGGCAUGCGAACAACCACCAAGCUAGGCGUUCUCGAGCCGACAAAAUACAUCUUGUUGACCAAGCUCAACUCAUAUCAUCGAUGCAAGGUGAACUGCUAUUCCAGUUCAGCAGUUUUAGACACUGGGAAGAAACAUUGCCUCUGAACUUUGGCCACGUCGAGUCCUACAGUAACGAAUCAGUCGAUGCCAAUGGACAUCUGCUACAACUAUCCUGUCGUACUUUGGUCCAUAUAUCCUUGUCCGAUCUACGUGGUGUACGUGAUUGCAGACUGCACAUGUUUGAGAACGAAGAGAGUCUUGAAGAACAGACUUUGUCGCGUGCCCGAACAUUUGUUUCUUUGUUGCAAAAACGUCUCGACGAUGGAACUCUGAUACCAUGCAGACUGGAUCUCUACGAUAUACUCAGCGCUUGUGUCGUGUGUUGUUUGACAGUCGAAGAAAGAACAUGCGCCAGCCGGUCGAUCCUGGUGGAAUUGCUGCACCUGUCGUUUGGUCUCUUCAAUGCUGUUGCCGAAGCCUUCGACGAAGCCAAACUAUUCCGAAAAGCACUGGAAAUGAUUGUCAGCCUCAAAUUUACCGACUCGAAUGCGAUCGGAAUCGGACGAGCCGAAGACGCCGACAUCUUUGAUUCUUCUCAAUACACUUUUCAUCAUUCACACAAAAACAUGGCUCCUUCAAGAAUUGAUUCAAGUCCUAAACCUCAAUUGGACGGUCAGUCGACAAAGCCGACCGUAUAUCUCAUCGAUGAAUACCAUCCAGGAGCUGUCAAGCACUGCAAGACUCUUUUCAACGUUAUUGGCCCUGAAGAUCCAGAAGUAAAGAAUUGGAGGCAAAAUGCUCGAUACCUCUUGGUGAAAGGAUCACAGGUCACCGCUGAUGACAUUGCCCAAGCCAAGCAUCUCAGAGCAAUCGGCAAACAGGGCGUCGGUAUCGAAAAGAUUAACGCCGCUGCUUGCAAGGCUGCGGGUGUCAAGAUCUUCAAUACGCCUGGCAUCAAUGCGACUGCUGUGGCAGAACUUGUCCUUGCACUCACCAUGACCGUGUCCCGCGAGAUCCGACCAAUCACACUUAGGCAAGGUGCCGGCGAGGCGGUCUCCAAGGCCACCUGCUCUGGUCUCAUUCUCACUGGACGAAGCAUCGGCCUGAUCGGCAUGGGUAAUAUCAGUCGCAGAGUCGCAGAGAUCUUCCACGGCGCUUUCGGUUCACACAUUAUUGCAUACGAUCCCUUCUUGCCAGAAGAUGCCUGGUCGGAUCUGCCUCACGAACGUGCCGCGACUGUCGACCAGGUUUUGUCAGCAGACGUCGUCUCGAUACACGUACCAUUGGUCAAGGAUACCACAAAUCUCAUUUCAUACACUCAGCUGCAGCGCAUGAAGUCAACAUCCAUUCUCAUCAAUGCUGCCAGAGGCGGUAUCGUGAACGAAGCCGAUCUUGCUCGUGCACUCCACGAAGGCUUGAUUUGGGGUGCAGGCCUCGAUUGUCACAUGCAAGAGCCGCCGACGAAGGAAAUGUAUGCCAAACUGUGGUCAAGUCCGAGAGUGGUCAGCACACCACACAUCGGAGCGGCUACGGAUCAGACGCAGAUGGAGACUGCCAAAGCUGCAGUGGAUUAUUUGUUCGAAUUUGUCAAGCAGCAAUAG